AUGGCAUCCGAACUCAAGAAAGACACCAUCAAGAACGGCGAUGGAUCGACAUACCCAAAGAAGGGUGACAACGUGACCAUGGAGUAUACUGGCUGGCUCUACGACGAAAAUGCUCCCAAGAACCGAGGAAAGCAGUUUGACAGUUCUGUCGGUCGAGGCGACUUCAAGACCAAGAUUGGCGUUGGUCAAGUCAUCCAGGGCUGGGAUCAGGGUGUGCCACAGAUGUCAUUGGGCGAGCGAGCAGUCUUGACGAUUCCUGGUCACAUGGCGUAUGGACGAGAUGGCUACCCUGGCUUGAUCCCUCAAAACGCUACACUUAUCUUCGAGGUUGAGUUGAAGAAGAUCAACUAG